GUAAAAAAUUGCGCCUUACACCAUCUAAGUUAGUUAAACAGUAACGUCGGAGGGAUUUUUGUCUGCUACAUAAGUUUUUAGUUUAAUGGUGGAACGACCAAAAUGACGAGCGGGGAUAUUAUUUAUGACAAGAUCCACUUCAGACACGACCCAAAAUGGAGCGGCCGCCUGGGGCCUGCAGACGGGGGCGGGCUGCUACUCUGUGUGGCGUGUGUAAUUGAAAUGAUUGAGAGUGAAGAUAUUGCCUCAGUGAGGAAGUCUUUUGCCUUGUCUGGUAUUAGUGGGGUGCUGAAGUGUUCUCCGGGGGCCUUGAGAGAGCUGCUCCGACAGGACCACAGAAUCUCUCUGCGUUUUACAGCGUCUCUUCUGGGGAUGCUUCACACCGUGGAGAACCCAGUCACUCUGGAAAAGGUUGACCAAGUGCUGGUUCAGCUGCUUUUAGAGCUCCAGAGUGAGCUGUCAUUUCGCUUUGUUUUGGAUGAGAUACACAAACAGCUGAGUGACCAGCACAGUGUGAAGGGUUUCUUGCCCACCUUCAACUUCUUGGGGAGCCUAGUGGAAGCAGUCCCCAACGUGGCCCAUAGUCUGGUGACUCAGUAUGUGCCCUUGCUGGAGCACCUGUGCACGGCCUUGCUUUACCCAGAUGAUGCGCUGAAGGCUUCGGUCCUGUAUGUGUGGCUCAAACUGUUCGGGACAGCCGGGGGUUCUGCAGCCCAGUCCUUGCCCAUUCCCAUCAGGGACAGAGUGUGUAUCCUGUUGCUGCAGACCUUGGCCAAUGCCAGCUCCCCUCAACUCAUCAACAACUGUGUUGGCCUGCUGUGGCUGCUGGUGCAGCUGGGAGAGGCAGUGUCAGUUCUGAUGAACAGCCCCGGCAAUCAGAUCAUGUGCGAUGAGAACCAGAACAUCCACACCAACAACAGCCAGAUCCUCAGCCAAAACCAAGAGCAACAGUCCCCUGACUAUUGCCCUCUGCCUCUCAUACUGAAAAAGUUGCUGCUGAGUGGUGAUGAGACGUUUCAGGCGACCAGUGCAAAGUGUAUUGCAUCCGUCCUGGUUCAUUCUCCCAGUCAGUACAGUGCUCCCUUCAUCAAGGCUGACAUACCUGAAUUUCUGUUUGACCGCCUGGCCAGUAGUAGUAGUGAGGUGCUUUGGUCUGUCUACAGUUGUUUGGUGUUACUGACUGAGGACCCACUCUUCUUCUCCCAGUGUCACUCUGUCUAUGGUAUUGAGUCCUUGGUGCGCAGUCUGAAGGAGGCUCUGCGGCUGACCAACCUGGAAGUGCCGAAACAAGGUCUGCUGCUCCUUACUGAGAUAUUGGAAAGGCAGCCCCCAAGUGUGCGUCUUUUCCCCAGUGCUCCAGGGUUUGUGGCAGUUUCAGAGGCUGUGGUAGCUGGAGUCUCCUCCUCCUGCUUGCUGGUAGCCACACAGGCUGCCUCCGCUGUCUCUGUCCUGUUCAGACUGAAUCACCAGUCCAGACCAGUCCAGUACAGGGAAAUAGAAGGAUUGAUAGAGGCCAUCACUAACAGAUUCUCUGAGUUGCCCCUACCCUCUCCUGCUCAUCGUCGAAGCUCUGGUAGUCUGAAGAGGUCAGACUCUAGCAGCCAGGCUUCCAGGUCCAAAGGAUUUCUGCUCCAGGCCCUGGUCUGUUUUCAGGCUGCCUGCAGGUUGGCUGAGGAGUGUGCAUCAGAGCCUGUUUUGAAGGAGAACACGUUCACAGCUCCAUCUAAACACAGCCAUGCUCAGGACUCACUGGAGUCUCUGUGUCAAUGUCUGCUGCGCUGCUGUGACUCCGUCUGGAUACCCACCGUGAUUAGGAUAUGUGAGUGUGCACCCAAUGCUCAGAUACUGCAGCACUUCUACUCCGUCCUAUCCUUCCAGUUCACCCUCCUUCCGUCUCUCAUGCCUGUCUUUGCAAAUAAGCUAGCGUCCUCUGGUUUCUACAGGCUGGCUCUGGAACACAAAGGUCUCCUCUGUGCAGGAAACAGUUCACUCUUCACUGUUUUGACCGUGCAUUGUGAAGGAUGUGUGCUCUGUUUAAGGAACCCAAAUCUGAAUGCAUCUUGCUGUGGUUUUCUACAGAAACUCAGUAUGUGUCUGCUUUCCCAGUCAGACCCUGCUUCUGGCUCCUACCAGAAUGAUGUUGAGGAGGUGGAGAAUCUUCUGCUAUACAACCUUCCCUCUCUGUGUUGUCGUCUGUCAGACUGGCCCUCUCUACUGUGUGAGGUACCGGGGCUCCAGCUGUGUGAAUAUAAAGGACCAAGGGCCACUCAGUACUGUCUGCUCAUAAUGCUACACCUUUCCCUGCAGCAAGGAGACAGGCUCCUCCCAGACCAGACAGUGUUCUCCAGUGUGGUGUGGCUGUUGCAUUCAGUGCAGGAGCAGGGCAGCUGUGCCCUGCCUCGCUCUGUGCUCCGCUCUGCCCUCUACCUGCUGGCAAUGACACAGGACAAGAGCCCCAACCUUGACGGGGCUUCUUUUAACUGCAUCAGCAAGGCACUCUCCUCCUGCCAAAGCUUCUCUUCCCUCUACAUUCACCAUCCUGCACUCCUCCACUUCAUCUGUCGCUAUCCGGAGCUAGCAGAGAAAUUUGGGCCCCUGGUCUUGGAACUUUGGUUGACCAAGCAAGCACAGCACACAGAUGCAGAACAGGCCAUGGCAGACAUACAGGAGAAGGGAGGAGAGAGAGAAAGUCAUGCAGACGAGCGGCAGGAUCAGGAGCCAGACACAGAAACCAUGGAGCUACUCACUCUGAUAGAGAAGUACCCAGCUGUCAUACUGACCCUCCUGGACAUGGUUUGCACCAGGGAGGCCCCCCUGGCAGGGCAAGCCCUGGGGGUGCUGGAAGUUCUUUUGCGUGGUCAAAGAGACUUUGAGGCUGACUGGUGUACCAAUCUAAGGCCAGCCCUGCUCCAGGCGUUACAGAGGCUCAGUGUGGAGAACAUGGGCCAUGGGCUUGGACAGGGACACACUGCACAGGCAAUGAACUCACUCCCUCUGGUGCUGAAGCUGCUUUGUGUGACGCAAGCCAGUGACCCACCUUCAUCUUCCUCCUACAGUAAGAUGGACGGAGUGCACUUCAAGCUGCUCUACCACGUGAGUAAUAUAGUAGGGAGGUUGAAGCCUACCAACACAGGGAGCCUGCUACCUGCCCUCAGCUACCUGUACUGCUGCCUGAGUCUGUCCCCUGCACACUGCACUGACAGAGCUGUCUCCAUGCUGCUCUCCAACAGUGGGCUGAUGGACCUGCUGCAGACAGUCCUCUCCUCCUCUGCUCCAUCCCUCUCUCCAUCAGCCUGUCCUCCGUCAGCCCUGCUGUGCUGCAGCCAUCUACUCUUGUCCUCCCUCAUUACCUUGCAGCGUGUUCACUCUGCUCAGGUCCAUAAGAGCAUCUGUUGGAGUCUGGACACAGCUGUACAGCGACUCCUUGUUCAGAAAAGAAACACAGACAAUCUCUUGCUGGUCAGCUACCUCAGGUUGCUGCAGGCUCUACUUGAUGUUGACCUGGCAUCAGCAUUGGUGUGUGCGAGCACUGGUCCUGGCUUGGUCGGGCCAAGACCCCUGGGGAUCGAAGACGGUGCUUUGUACCCGCUUGGCUCCAGAGGGGCCCAGUGCCUCUCAACUGCUCUCAGUGGACUUCUUUUGCAGAAGCACGAGCUGUUGCUGAGAGCCUCAGUCAACUGUCUAAGCUCCCUGCUGGGCUUCCUUCAGAGGAAAAGUCCCUCUACAGCAAAGUACGUGGUGUGUCAGCCAUGGAGUCGAUUCCUCCUCUACUGCCUGCUCAGCUCAGGAGAGAGCUGCCGUCUGCACCCUGCCAUUCUCAGACUCAUCACACUUCUCCUGCAGCAUGGCAGUAUGGCAGUGCUGUGGGAGCCUGACCUGCUCCAGGUGAUGGAGGCGGUGGAGAGGAGGGGGGUGAAGGAGCUCAGCGUGGAAGCAGCACAGGUCCUCAGGCUGCUCCUCACACAGAUCCAGAGCAGUGUCCUGCAUCCGCCACCCACAGAGGAGCACACGCAGAAAGUGAGGAGCAUGACAGAGUCCCUUGGCCCACAGACGCCAGCCGAGAGCUGCAGCCCCAGCCUGCCCAGCAACAUCUUGCGUGUUGGAGAUGUGUCCAUCUGUCUGUCUGACUUUACAGUAAAAGCAGGCUGAUGUUCCAGCAAACUGAUAUUAUAAUGGCUGAUGUUAUAAUGCUAUCAAUUUGCCAAUUUGUUUCAUUGUUCAUUUAUGCUACAUUUCUUGAAUUCCUAUGUACCUACUGUGUUUCCUGUUGUGCUCUUAAAGCAGCAUCAGGGUGUCUCUACUACAGUAUUUUCUAGACCACAAUCAGACAAAGAACCUCACUUGGACAUUUUUGUGUUAUUUGUUUGUGUCUAUUUAAUUUUUUUUAACUAUGGUAGAUAGAAGUGCUCAUGGUGAAACCUGCCAUUAGUGCAUUAGUCAUUUAUUAUUAGGAUAGACUCGUCUUUUCCAUGGAUUCUGUAAUGGGUCAUUUCAAGCAAAUUAAAACUGUUAAAUUAAAAUACUGUUUGUUUUUCUGGGAAUCCCUUGGGACAAAAGUGAAAAUGACACAUUUAACUUUAUAGAAGUACAAAUGACUGUGAUUCAUGCGACACAUGAAAAUGAAAGACGACCCAAAGAAGUAACUGACCUGGUCAUAGCAGCGAUUAUCUUUAUAAUGGAGAAGGUUUUGUCCCAGUGAGGGUCGCAGCUGUAAAUGACCCAUCAGCACCUUCACAAAGCUGUCAGUUUGUGAGAGUGUGGCACCCUACAGGCCUCUGGUGUGUUGGACAGCUGUUGGUGAUGUGCUUGGGAGCUUGAGAGAUGUCAGUGUUGGGCAAAAGUGUGCAGAAGAUCUUUGAUUACCUCUUUCUGUAGAGCAUAUUUAACUAUAAUGUCUACUGAUCAUGUCUGGAUUGGGUUUCAGGUAUUCCAGGAAGGAAAAAAACGUAGUUCUUUUGUAUUAAAGUAAAACUCCUAUUUAUUUCUCAGGCGGUGAUUCAGUCAGACAGGACAUGUGGUCUUCUCAUGUUCAUUUAAUUCAAAGACAAAGUAAAUAAUGGUUUCCUUGAAAAUAUGCACACCUUAACGUUCACAUUGCCAAAACAGUAAGCUUUAAAAAUGAUCAUCAAACACAGCCACUGUCAGCUUCUGCACAUCCUAAGUGAGGUUUCAUUUUAUGGAAAAUAUGUUGUAAAACUGGCAAAAUGGCUGGCAAAAUGAUACCACUGAAGCAUCAUUAUCUCAGAGGAAACACAUGAGAGAAACGGAACGCACCCCACUCACUGGUGGUGUUGCUCUCUAAAUCCUCCGUGCAGAAACAGCAUCCUCCUCCGUGUUUAUCGCCCGCUGGCUGUCAUUCGUCCAAAGCGAGCCAGCCGGUGCGAUCGUGGCGCUGACGGAGUGGAGCAGUGAGAGCCGCAUGCAAAUGAACACCACCUCCGUGUUGCUGUCACCUGAGGAUCUAGCGGGGCGAAUUCACUGUCCCGUCCAACUCAACAGCGAGCUGACCUUAAACGUCUUGUGCGGAGAUUAAAAAAGGUUGAACUGCACUACUUUGGAGAAAUCGCUGCCCGCUAAUCGCUGCCGUGUGGCGCCGCCGUUUCUCGCUACAACACG